AUGGUGCCUAAAAGCCAGACACAGGUCGAAUUGGACGUGUGUCGUCAAGCACUGUUGUGUUAUUUUGAAAUAACCGGAAAUGAACCGGAAGCCGUCCUGUUGGUCUGCCGCGCGUGCUUCAUCCGUUCUAGCUUGAGCAGCAGGAUGGAUGACACAGACGUUUGGCCAGAAAUAGAAAAAGCAGCGACAGAGAAGAGGCGUGAACUGGUUCUUCACGGCCCCGCCAUAGACGAGAGGGUCUCCUCCAACCAGGGACUCGACGCCUCCAUCUACUCCUUAAAGCUGCUCAAUUACCUGGAGGUUAGCCAGUGUCCGAGCUUGACGGAGAUCCACGCGGACAUCCAACUCCUGACGAACCUCCAGAGCCUCAUCCUGUGCAGAAACAAGCUCGCCUCCAUCCCGCACGUCAUCGGCCGCCUCAAGGCUCUGAAGGUCCUGGACGUUUCGGUCAACAACCUCACGGCGGUACCGGAGGAGAUCACCCAGCUGCCGGAGCUGAGGACUCUGAACGCCAGCUGCAACAGCCUGGAGCUUCUGCCGGAUGGACUCAGCCGAUGCUCUAAACUCUCCACCAUCAACGUCUCCAAGAACCGCCUCACAGCCUUCCCCCCGGACCUCUUCUCCAGGGACCUGGAACUGCUCAGCUCCUUGGUGGCUUCUGAUAACUGCAUCCAGGAGCUCAGUGGAGACAUUCAUCAGCUCGCUGCUCUGAAGGUUCUGGACCUCGCCAACAACAAGCUAAAUGAGAUCCCCUGGAAUCUGAGCGACUGCCCCAAAUUAAAGGAAAUCAACUUCAGAGGCAACAAGCUGAGUGACAAACGUCUGGAGAAGAUGGUCAACGGCUGCCAAACCAAGUCCAUCCUGGAGUACCUGAGAGGGAAGGGGAGAGAACGACAGGCUGAGGAGGGAGGUGACGCAGACGGAGGACGCCGGGCCGACAAGAAGAAAAAACAGCAGCAGAGGAAGAUGAAGGAGAAGGUGGAAGAGGACCCGGAGGAGGUGGAGGAAGUGAGGAAGAUGGUGGUGAGGGUCCUGCAUGUCUCAGACGCCCCCACAGCUCUCACAGUCCAAGUGAGCGCUGAGGUGAAAGAUGUUCGGCCGUACCUGGUGUGCUGUUUGGUUAGAGGCAUGAACCUGAAGCCUGGGAAUUCCCUGAAACGCUUUCUGGUGGCUCAGAUGAAACUCCACGAUGACUUGUGCGGCAAAAGAACCAUUGCAACCAUCGCUACUCAUGACGCGGAGCUUCUCAAAGGGCCGCUCGUGUACGCCGUCAAGACCCCCACCCAGCUGAAGGUUGUGCCGCUGGGUCGGAAGGAGAUGACAGCAGUGGAGCUGAUCAGACUGCUUCAGUUAGAGGCGGACGAGCUGAGGAAGCAGAAGAAACGGCAGAACGUCACAGGCCUUCACAAAUACCUGCAGCUUCUGCAGGGAAAACCUCAGUAUCCCUGCCUGGUUGAUGCAGAGGGAGAUGUGAUCUCCUUCCCACCCAUCACCAACAGUGAGAAGACCAAGAUCAAGAAGACGACUAAGGAGCUGUUCUUAGAAGUAACGAGUGCAACCAGCCUGCAGACCUGCAAGGAUAUUAUGGAUGCUCUUAUUGUGAAAAUGGCAGAGUUGAACAAGUUCACCGCAGAGCACCAGGAGGAGGUGGGGUCAGACGGGGAAGUCGACGCUGCACCAAAUCCCUCCCCCAGUUCAGAAACCUCCAGUCAGCUGGUGGUCCAGCAGCUCCGCACUGUUGACCAGGACGGGAACCUCAAGGUGACCUAUCCAUCCAAGACCGACCUCUCUGACCACAUCAGCAACUUGACUGUCAUCUGGUAGUUCUAAAGUUGUUGUUUUUUGUUCUGGAAUAAUUUCAAAUGUAAUUACAUCGAAGAGCCACAAUAAAAGCAAAUAAAUAAAUGGGGAUAAAGUUGUGAAAUUCUGAGAGAAAAAUCAGAAAAUUAUGAGAUCCGUCCAAAUUCUACAAGAAGAAAGUCAUGAAAUUAUAAGAAAGUCAACAUUUUACAAAAAUAAAGUUGUAAAUUUGUUAUAUAAAAAUUUUACAUUGAUAAAGUUAUGCUUUUUCAAAAGUAAAGUUGUAAUUUCAUGAAUAUAAAGUUGUACAUUUACGGAAACAAAGCAGAUUCAUUGAGAUUGUUGAGCUGUGUGACAUGCAUCCGAUUUUCUUGGAAUUGUGUGCAACAGAAAAUAAACAAUGAUGGCUACUCUUUGUGGAAAUGUUUUAAAAGAUACAGAGGGACCAAAAAGUAUUUAGUCAACCACCAAUUGUGUUCUCCAACUUAAAAAGAUGAGAGGAAGAAUUUUCAUCAUACGGACACCUCAACUAUGAGAGACAAAAUAAAAAAAUCCAGAAAA